AUGUCACCACGAACACGACGCGUACGCCGCUCCUGCGAGAACCUCCCUCCCAGACCGUGGAAGUCAUGGUCUCCUCCAUCUACUCCAUCCAAGCCUCGAUCGAAACCACCAUCCAAAAGCAGCCCUCCGCGUGUUCGAGUUCCUCUCGGCGAUACCAGCAACGAUGCCGACACAUCCUCCCAGAUCGUGCGAUACGCAGGUCGACCACGACCCGCCUCCAUCGAAACCAUCCCGAUCGAGCUCCUCUCCGACAUGUUCUCGCAGGUGUGUGGGCGAGAUCCUAAAAUCAGGCUCGUCGCAGCGGGCCACUCCUCGAGGACGCCGGCGUCCGUCCCCCCAGCCCUCGUCCUGACCGGUGUCUGCAAAGAGUGGCAGAGCGUCGCGAAACGAAUGCGGCAGCUCUGGACGAGGGUGGAGGUGGACUUCGAUGGCUUUGGGGACGUUCCAGUAGAUCAGGUACAGGCCUUUAUCGCAGCUCUCGAAGAUAUCCUUCAGCGAUCGCAUCCUCGACCUCUCCGACUUACUCUCCACGGGCUGAACACCGAGCUUCCUUCGCACCAUUUGGCGGCAGAUGCGAUACUGAAGUUUGCUGACCGCUACUCCCUCCUCGUUUUGGAUGACUCGUACCUCGUCGCUGAAAAAGAUCAGACUUCUUUGACCCACUUGGUCGUGAGGAACCAGCAGCCGGGGAAGACGAUUCAGAUCCCCGCUCCAAACCUCACCCACCUUUCCCUGUACAAUGUCCCCGGGGACAAUUUCGGGUGGAUGAACCUCGACUACCCCAAGCUCACCCACCUCUCCUUAUUCUACCCUUCAGACUUGAGCGUGGACCGCAUCCCCACAGCGGAACAGCUCAGCGACGUCCUCCAGACAUUCGCCAAGUCCUUGAUCGUCUUUCGGGCGAACCUGAACUCGAGGUGGUUGCUGGAAGGAUUAUCAUCGCACAACCGCUACUGCAUCGAGCUCCCCAACCUCCACACCCUCGAACUGCAACACACCCACCUCCCUUUCAUGCACGCCGGACUCCUCUGCUCGCUUUCCACGCCCAAGCUCGAGUACUUCGACCUCUUCUUCCCCUCUGAGGAGGAGGUCGACGUUUCGGGUGAGGAUGACGAAACGGACAGCGUUAACAUUGACGUCUUGAUGGACUUUUUCCAGCACGAGAGUCGGUCUGCGCUCAAGCGCUUCCGGAUCUGUUACGGCGACUCUCUAAAGUUCCUCGACCCAGAGGACGAGGACGAGGUUCGCUAUGCGGGGUACCUCGAGAGCGGAUCCCGAGGCCAGUGGGACCGGUGGGGAGCGGUGUUUCGAGGUGGACUAUCAUGGGAAGAGAGUGAAAUUGCUUUGCUGGAUCUUUGUCGGACCCUUAGGGUUCCUUCGGACUUUCGUCAGAGGAUGGCUGGGGAGGAAGGAUACUAUGAGGACUUCAUCACUCGCUUCAUUGACACGACUGUGGAAACCGAGACGGAGCUCACUCACUCCCCUGGAAGCCUUCUCGGUGAGUGGGAGCUGGACCAGUUGAUGUGGCUCUUCCAGUUGAUGGAGUUCUGGUGUGAGGCUCCCGAACGGUCGAUCUUGAUUGUAGUGUAG